AUGACGUCACGGAGGAUUGAGGACGCUCAUCAGGAGAUCCUGAACAAGCUGCUUUCGGAGUCAGGGUUGGAAUGCUUCAGGUCAUUAGUGCAGUCUCCAGAAUCACUCAGCAUCUCCGAAGCUGCUGAAGAAGAUCAUGGGGAAGAAAUAUCCCCAAUACCUAUCGAGUCUGCGCCAGAGGAACAGCCUAAGGUGGUGGUGGAGGAAGAGGUUCCAGAGGUCCAACCAGAAAUAUUCCCCUCUGCCUCCCUGCGAUUUCCACUGCCUGAUAAAGUUAGGGCUCUUGAGAAGCAUAAUAGAAUCCACGUCCUCCCUGAUGAACUAAAAACCAGCAUAGACCCUCAAGCUAUACCUAAAAUUAACACGACACCACCACAGAAGUGUAUCGAUAUACUAGGAGAACUCCUUGGCUGCAAGAGGUACAAGAACAGCCUGGCUGAGUUCUGGUUCCUCGAUACCGUGGCUAACCUGUUGAGGAGGGCGCAGGAGGAUGAGAUGGAUAGACCAACUCAAGCAAUAUUGAUGAUAUGGUUCUGCGAAUGGAUGAGGGAGAUGCAAUACUUUGAUGCUGCAGACAGGAAACGUAUGAUGAGGAGGUUUCAGGAAAAUAUGUUGGCAGCAGCGAAGUUUCUAUCACACACCGAUCACAUCCCCACACCUUAUCAUGCAGGGAUUACUUACAAAUCCCCAGAAGAUGAAGUAAAGGAAGGACACACUGCUGCAAAACUUGAUUCUAAACAUAACGUCCACUUCGCUGGCAGUAACUUCGAAUGUUCCUUGCGUGAUCUCGUCAAGAUUAUCCACUAUAUCUUCGAUCUUUUCAGUACGGAUUACCAAUACAACUUAGUGCGUUCAGUAUUCACAUUUACCCCCGACUAUGUCCAAAUAGAUGGACCCUAUCAGAUUCAGGUUCCAAAGAGAUUGUACAUACCCGUCAAGGUCAAAGCGAAAAAACCAGAAAAAUCUCCCAAAAAGGACGCUAAGGUCGUCAAGGCAAAGAAGAAAGAGGAUACAGAAGAAUAUUUGGCUCUAAUGGAGUUAAAAGCAAGAGAAGAGAAGUUGUUGGAAGAACAAGAAGAACUUGACAAAGAGAUGUGGCUCCUCAAAAGUUCCAUCUUACCCCUUUCGUUCGCUGCUACUGACGAGUUCUUCAACACAUACUGGCCACCACCUCCUCCUGCAUCCGAACCUGACACUUCUCUUGAUGCCGGCAAGAGUAAAGGGAAGGGUAAGGGUAAAAAGUGA